UGGGCCAGGCAGCUGCGGGAGAAAUGGCGGAGCGGGAGCUGGGCCGGGGGACGCCGUGAGGGUGGGGGCACGUUGGCCGCUCCGGGCCCUGAAUCUGGAAAGGGGCCCAUUGGGCCCCGCGUCCUGGGUGAUCUCCCUUCCCACAGGCGCCCGGUUGAUGCCAAGUCUCCUGUCUGCGCGGUAGGUUGGCGAUUUCAGUCGGCAGGGUGCAUCAGUGGAGGAGCCGCUUGAGGAAAAGUUGGAGCAGGAAAAUAGCCUGGAUUUCUGGAGGCUUACAGUAAGGCCGGUCACUUCUGCAAGGAAGGAAAAGGAGGAAGAAACUGGCUCAGUUUUUGGAGGAUGGUCUGCGUCUGCUGUAGGGCUUAAUACCACUGGAACAAAACAAGAAGGGGGAAAUCGCACCACAUCAGAGCAGAUCCACCUCCAGUGGCAUCUCUGGUGGUGUUGGUGUUGGAAUUGCUACUGACCACCACCUUCAACAGGUCUGCACCCACCUGGCAACCAUCCAUCCUUCCUCAGCUUGGUUGUGUCUCUUCUGAACUGUCUGUGAUAUUGGCCGAGGCUGUUCUUGGGAAGGAGGCUGAUUGAGUGCUGGACUGGUGAUUGACUCUUAGUCUUAUUUCCAACUGUAUCCCCUGAAUCACUGAAAGACCAGAGUGUGAAGAUACAGAACUGUGACAGGUCUGUGGUGGAGGCUGAGACUGUGGUACUGGUAUUUAACCGCAUCUGCUCUGUAACUGGUACUAUGACUGGGGCCGAGAUUGAAACUGGUGCCCAGGCCAAGCCUGAAAAGAAGGCUGGAGAAGAGGUUGGAGGUGGGGCUGAGAGGGAGAACGAAGUUCAAAUGGUGGUCAGACCUAAGGUCAGGACCCAGGCCCAGGUGAUGGCUGGGGCAAGGCCCAAAACGGAGUCCCAGGUGAUGGCUGGGGCAAGGCCCAAAACGGGGUCCCAGGUGAUGGCUGGGGCAAGGCCCAAAACGGAGUCCCAGGUGAUGGCUGGGGCAAGGCCCAAAACUGAUUCCCAAGUGAUGACUGGGGCAAGGUCCAGAAUUGAGGCCCAGACAAUGACAGGGGCAAGGCCCAAAAGCGAAUCCCACGCAAUGGCUGGGGCAAGGCCCAAAACCGAGGCCAGGGCAGUAGGUAGGGCACGUCCUAAAACGGAGGCCAAGGCAAUCCCUGGGGCAAGGCUCAAAGAUGAAGCCCAGGCUUGGGCCCAGACUGAGUUUGGGGCUGAGGCAGUGUCCCAAACUGAGGGAGUGCCCCAGAUCAAUGCAGUAGCCUGGCCUCUGGUCAGUACUGAGUCUCGGCCAGUUGCUAAACCUAUGACCCUGCCUGUAGAUAGAGAACUGGUCAGUGUGGGCGCUGAAACCUUUUCUGGUUCGCACGGUCAGUCAGGAAUCCAACCCUGGUUUGGAUCAGGGGAGGAAACUAAUACGGGGUCUUGGUGCUAUCCCAGGCCCAGGGCCAGAGAGGAGGCGUCUAAUGAAUCUGGGUUCUGGUCAGCAGAUGAGACCUCUACGAUGUCUUCUUUCUGGACUGGAGAAGAGGCCAGUAUCAGAUCGUGGCCCAGGGAGGAGGCCAAUACCAGGUCUAGGCACAGGGCUAAACAUCAGCCUAACCCCAGGUCUCGGGCCAGAUCCAAGCAAGAUUCCUAUAUUGACUCUUGGUCUGGGUCUGAGGAGGAGUCUGGCAACCCAUUCUGCUUGUGGGCUGGAGAAAAUACCCAUAACUUACUCAGGCCCAGAGUCAGGGAUGGGGCAAAUGUUAGGUCCAAGCUCAGGACAAAGAGAGAGGACUUUUUUGAACCUGAGUCUGAAGAAGAGUAUUAUAAGGAGUCCUGGUUUUUGCCUGGAGAAGAGGCCAAUAGAUUCAGGCCCAGAGACAAGGAAGAGCCUAAUACUGUCUUGAAGCCCAGGGUCCAGAAGGAUGUUAACAACGGUGAUAGGGUCAAACGAGAGGCCGGGUUUGAGGAGGAAGUCAUUAUUGGGUCCUGGUUCUGGGCAGAGAAAGAGGCUGGUAUGGAGGCUGGGGCUUCGGGCCUCCCUGAGUCCACACCAGAGGCUGAGGAGGGGGCCAUUGGUGGAUCCUUGUUCUGGACGGAGGAAAAGUCCAGUUUGGGGGCUGUGGCCAGAGAAGAGACCAGGCCAGAAUCUGAGGAAGAGGCCAUAUUUGGAUCCUGGUUCUGGGACAGGGAUGAGGCCUGCUUUGACCUAAAUCCCAAUCCUGUGUAUAAGGCUAGUCCCAGGUUCAGAGAUUCAGCUGAGGAACUUAAUACAUCAUCCAGGCCCCAAACCUGGGAAGAGGUCACUGUUGAAUUCAAACCUGGUCCUUGUUAUUUGGUUGGCUUCCCAUCCCCAAGCCCCUUUAGAAUUCCUGAAGACACAGCAGCUGCGUUCGCUGAAAUGCUUGAGGGAAAGCCCCAGAGUGCAGAACUUACCCCAGAAGGGGGAGAUAAGGAAUCUUUGCCUCAGGCCAAUCAGCCAGACCCUGAGUUCCCAUUUCAGUAUGAACCCUCCUACAGGUCAGUCAGGGAAAUUCGGGAGCAUCUUAGGACCAGGGAGAAUGCAGAGCCUGAGAGCUGGUUCUGCAGCUGCAUACAGUGUGAGCUUAAAAUUGGUUCUGGAGAGUUUGAAGAACUCCUUCUGUUAAUGGACAAAAUUCGAGAUCCUUUUAUUCAGGAAAUAUCUAAAAUCGCAAUGGGUAUGAGAAGUGCGUCUCAAUUUACACGAGAUUUCAUUCGGGACUCAGGUGUUGUCUCGCUUAUUGAAACCUUGCUCAAUUAUCCCUCCUCCCGAGUUAGGACAAGGUUUUUGGAAAAUAUAAUUCUCAUGGCUCCACCAUAUCCAAAUCUAAACAUGAUUGAGACAUUCAUAUGUCAAGUGUGUGAGGAAACCCUUGCACAAAAUGUGAAUUCCCCUGAGCAGCUGCUUGGAUUAAGGCUGCUUCGAUACCUCACUACAACUCCUGACUAUCACACACUGGUUGCCAAUUUUAUGUCUGGGUUUCUCUCCCUAUUAGUCACGGGCAAUGCAACAACAAAAUUUCAUGUUCUGAAAAUGCUGUUGAAUUUGUCUGAAAAUGCUGUGGUGGCAAAAAAACUAUUCAGUGCCAAAGCUCUAUCAAUAUUUGUGGGUCUCUUUAACAUAGAAGAGUCAAAUGACAAUAUCCAAAUUGUUAUUAAAAUGUUUCGGAAUAUCAGUCAUAGUAUAAGAAAUGGAACAAUGGCCUUAAUUGAUGAUGAUUUCAGUCUUGAGCCACUUAUUGCUGCAUUCCAUGAAUUUGAGAACUUAGCUAAAGAGCUACAAACCCAAAUAGACAAUCAAAAUGAUCCUGAGGGAGGGAAAGAAAGCUAAUGUGACUAACCACCUGCCUCUGAUGAGCCUUAUGUUCCCAGAGUCCUGAGUAGUGCUUUGUUUUUCAGUCUGGUUUUAUGUUGUUACUUGUAUUUUCCAUGCUGAUGUUAACAGUUUUGUCCGAUUGUGGGUUUGAGCUGGAUCGUUCUGUGGAUACCAAAUGAACAUUAGAGCUGAAAACAUAUUUGUUGAUACCUGUCUUGCUGUCCAGAUUGCAGUAUUUUUCAGUGUUGAGCUUCCAAUGAACUGAGUCGCCUAUGUAAGCUAGUUACCCUGCUAUUCGUUGUCUAAAUAUGGUUCUUUUAUUCGAGUCUCUGUUUUCAAUAAAGUCGUGUGUGAAAAUUGGCA